UAGCGUAUUGACGCUUUGGCGGGCAACGUUUUAACUCGAGUCUGCGUCGGCAUUGUUGUGCGUUGAAUGAGCGACACUUCUUCCUUUGAACCGACGAGUGUUUGGAGUUUCUCAUGACAGGAGUGUUUCUGCGUCUCACCUCGAAUCACGAUGUUUAACUUCCACAAGCCUAAGAUGUACCGGAGCAUCGACGGCUGCUGCAUCUGCAGAGCCAAGUCGUCCAGCUCGCGCUUCACCGACAGCAACCGCUACGAGAUGAACUUCAAGAGUUGCUUCGGGUUGGGUGAGAUGCGUUGUGGGGACAUCUGUAACGCCUGUGUCCUCCUGGUGAAGAGAUGGAAAAAGCUUCCAGCUGGAUCCAAGAAGGACUGGAAUCAUGUGGUUGAUGCAAAAGCCGGAUCGAGCAUGAAGGCAACACUGAGGACAAAGAAGAUCAAGAAGAAGCUGAGGCCGAAACAGAUCAGUCGGGUGCAGAGCGAGCUCAAGAGAAACAACUCGGACGCACACAGCACCACCUCCAGCGCUUCACCUGCACAAUCCCCCACCUACAGCAACCAAUCAGACGAAGGCUCUGACACGGAGCUUUCCCAUGGCUCUGCCCCUUCCCAGGCCUUCUCCUUCCUGGACCUCACCUACUGGAAAAGACAGAAAGUGUGCUGUGGCAUCGUGUACAAAGGUCGCUACGGAGAAAUCAUCAUCGACCCCCACCUGUUCAAACCCUGCUGUCAGAGGAAGCCAGACCUGCAGGAGGAGGAGGAGAUGGGAGGGGGGGAGAUCGUAGAGAAGGACCUGCAGCCGCAGCAACAAGAGGAGGGGGAGGAAAGUGGAGAGAUGGCAGAGGAGGACAUGCAGCAGCAACAGGAGGAGAUGGAAGGAGGGAAGAUAACAGGAAAGGAGGAGAAUGCAGAACGGGAUGAAGGACAGGACGUUGUGAGUGCGUCGAUGCCUCCAGUAUCCACACACGAGGUGGAGGAGAAGGAGGAGCUGAGUGAAGAAGCCCGGUGAUGGCACAGCAAAGGGUCGGUGAAGUCUUCCUCAAGGACCAAAAGUACAAGACACUGAUUUAUAACACACUCACGCUCUGCGGCUGCUGCUGACUGGAAGUUUAACCAUGGAGUCAGGUUUGGCUGUUUGAUACAAAGAGGGAAAUAUGAAGGCUGCUACUAUUUAGCAAUUCAUCUUCAAGGUGAUCGAAAGACAAAAUAAUGAACUGAGGUCGUCAAAACUUCCAACACUUCGAUACUUUUCAAAACCACAUGAUCUAAAAUAAUGCAACCUGUUUUUUUUAAUGGCUGAAAGUCGUAAACUGUAGAAGCUUUAAUAUUAAUAGUCAUAUUUAACCAAAAGCUGCCACGAACAAGAGAGAGAGCGCACUUUCUAAAUUUCAUUAACAUGUUGGCAACGUUUAGGUGCUUAAACGUUGCCAAUGUUUUUAUGCAAUUUAGACAAAUUAAAAUAAAAACCAUUUAACAAAGCCGUGUCAGUCUCACAGCGGCCGUCGUAAACCACGCUUCAUGCAAGUUCUCCCGAGAGUACAGCAAGUGCUUUUCUGCAACGUAAAAAAACACUAGGUGGACACGGGGCCUUAGCCUGCAAUUUAUGUUCUUCAUAAACAAGUAAAAAAAACAGUAUUGGUUGCCUUGGACUUCUAUUUUUUUUGUUGCCGUGGCAUCAAAACAGUUUGAUUUUCCCUCGUAUCCUAUCUAAGUUUGAAAACAUGUUGUCAUGACAACCCCAUCACCAGCUAUUUGUAAGAUUGGUGAAACAUUUAGUAGUUUUACAAGUCAUACGCGCUCUUGAGUCUUUGAGUGUUUGACUCCUGGCUCGUCGUAGAAAGCCGUUUAAAAUCAUCACUUUUUGCCCUUUUUUGACAUCUUUCUGCUCAUGAAUGUCAGAUUUAUCGGUAAAGAUCACAACUUUUAGUCGCAGCCCUGCCUCUAUCCCCCCCCCCCCCCAAUGUUCUCCAUGAGUCCUUAGCUUUACCUCUUUGUACAUGUUGCAUAAACCACAUCAGAUUCCAGACACAGCCGGACAGAGUUAAAGCGUGCUUCCUGCUCGUACUCCGAUAUAAAAUCUCGGUGCGGCACCAAGCGUCUCUUCUUCCUGCUGAGCUCUGCACAGCCGUUAGCGGGAAGGAAUUCAUCACAGAGGAUUCAGGAAAGAGAGGUUUUACCGCUGCACGAUCGGAGAAGAGAGCGUCAGAGCAGCGGGAGGUUUCCUGGCACCCAUCACUUAGUUUUGUGUUGUUUUUUGGACAUGUUUGGACUGAUUGAAGCGCCUCCUCCGCCGAUGUUUGAGACAUCCUUCCUCCUCCUUCUCUUUUUUUUUUUUUGUCUCUGAUGGUGCCUGAACGGGAUCCCCGGACUUGUUCUGUCUUCAGUGUCUUGGUUUGCGAUGAGAUUCUGUAUUUUUGUAAAUACUUUGUUUGUCUUGAAAUGCUGGAUUAUUGAAUGCUGCAUGGAAACCUGAAGACCUCUGGAAUUAACCCUUUACUCUUAGGAUGGAGCCAUACGACGGACAGCAGACUGUUUGUCCUUUUUCUUCCUGACUCAAAAACACGAAUGUUUCUCGAAUUCAUGUUUCUACUUUUUUCUCUUGAAAAGGAUCUGCACUUCACAAAGACAUUAAAAGAGCCUGUGGGGACUAGAAAGCAGCACAGCAAUCACAUUUGAGCAUCUUUGGUGGGGGGGGACUGUGGACUUUAAAUGUCAGAUAGCGUCAUGCAGCUAACGUAUUGUAGCUAAUGUAAUGCAGCAAACGUGACGUAGCUAACAUAACAGCUAACAUAAUGCAGCUAAGGUAUUGCAGCUGACAUAACGUAGCUAACAUAUUGUAGCUAACAUAAUGUAGCUAACGUCACUGUUAGCUACAGCCGUAUCAUACAUUCAGGAAUUUCUUCCCGUUUUUGGAGUUGAAUUCAAAACGUUUUCUGGCUUUUUUCUUUGUUAAAUUUCGGUAACAUGAUGUGGUUGCAUUGCUUUCUCUGACAGAUGACACGUUCAUGGAUCGCGCAACAGCGCACCCAGUCAGUUAGGCUUAAUAUUCAUUUGGGGAACAAGACGCAUCGUGCGGCAUUUAAUUUGCACUGUCAAAUUUAAAGUUCGGCAGGCCAUUAAACCUCUGUAUUUAUCUUUUUGCAACAUUAGUUUGUCAUAAUUUCACGUAAGAAGCGACAGACCCGGUGGAGAUGGUUUUUAGAAACCCCAUUUGUAUUAUCUUCUUCCUACAAAUAAUGCUCAACUCUAUAAAUGAGAUAAAAUCUUUCAAGUUUUCUUCCAUUUCUGGGUCACUUUGACCCUCAAUUCCUGCAAAGGUAACCACAGAUCUCUGUUUUUGUUUCCAACACAGCUCAAAUCUAUUUUCACACCGAGAUGUGUUAAAAAAAAAAAACUUGCCUUUAUAUUAACUUUAAGCCAGACUUUAAGUUUAUUUUUUCAAAUAUGACGGUUAUCAUUUGACACACUCCUCAAGGAAGAACGAUCAAACACCCAUCUUUUCUAAAUCAUCAGCAGGAACAAUAUGACACCUCUAAAUGUAAAUCUUAAAGGAAGAAUGUGCGACAGUUAACUUGUAAAUACAGCAGAAAUCCAGUAUCUCCUGUGUGAAUGUGUUUCUGAGUCAUGACUGUCUACAAUGAGUGAGAAGCUCGAGUCCCGCUGGCUGUGUUGUUGUGAGAGCUUCGUUUACGUGGACGGGACGGCCGGCUCCUCCCCUUGUGUAUAAAAGCUGUUUUAGUCAAGAACGAGAGAGAAGAAGAAGAACAUACUCAAUGAUUAUUUGGAUGUUAGUAAGAGUUUUUAGAUCACGCUCAUUCUGUGUCAGUUUACAUGCAAUGUGAAGCUACGAGUUAACUAAAGAGCGCUAACAUUAGCAUGCUAACACAACAAUGAAGGACACAGGUGAUUACAGCUCAAGUAAAGGACAAUUGUGUCUAACGCUAAAGCUUGAUUCGUGUGAACGCGAGUGGAGGGGGGGAGGUUGGAGGUGUGACUCUGGAGAAGAGUGGAGGCUUCAGUACGGAGGAGGUGUGGCCAAACAUCAAUUUGUUUUGGAUCCAGAAAGUUGCACAUUCUUCCUUUAAAAUAAUACGAGCGAAACACAAGAAGAGAGAAGAAUGUAUCUGUACCAAAAAGUCCUAAAGCUUCCCUGUUGUCCAUGUUCCUCGUGUCUCUCUUUAGUCUGUAAAUAAGUUCAAGGUAAAAGCACAAAAUAGAUGUUCAGGAAGCAGCUGAUGUUUCAAAUACUGUAAAGAGUGAAUAAGCUUAUUAAACCCUCAGGAAGAUUUUGGCAUCAACAGACUAAAAAACACGUGCUAUCGUUCUUCAGCAGCUUUUUUUGAUCAUGUAGGAAGGGGCUCGGGAGCUUUUUAUAUAAAUGAGCCCCUCAUUAUCUACAGAGCAUAAAAAGCUCCGAGGAUGAGUUCUUUAAGAUUAUAUUUGUAUAUACUUUUGAGUUUGAAGCCUUUGUAUGUUUAAGUUCAUGUUCUGCAGCUUUUUGUUUAUCUCACUUUCCUCCCCGUUGAACUUUAUUUUCCCCCGGCUAAGUUUGUCACGUGAUGUUGUACAGCUUUAAUAUAUAUUUUUUUGUAGAUAUAUAUUAAUAAAUGUGAACAAUCAUUUAUCCCGGCUAAACCUUGUUGUGUAAGUUUAAUUGUUUCAUGUAGCUCUGCAUUCUGACUGCUGAUGCGUAAAUGGAUUUUAAAGGUCACAUAUUCAAAGUCCACUUCACCAUGUUCCUCUAACACUAAUAUAUCUCUAGUCUGUCUACAAACCCCCCAAUGAUGAGAAAAGUCCAUCCUCUUCGUCUUUUGUCUGCUCCACUUUUCAGAAAAUGUGUGCUCAAACAGGCCGUUUGGAGAUUUUCCCUUCAUGACAUCACAAAGGGCAGUAGCCCCUCCCCCAGGUGGGUGACACUCCCACAGCUAGGUGUUUUGUUCUGCCCUCUGAGUCUGCCUUCUCACCGUAAACAAUAGGACAUGGAGCGAGAAAGCCCGAGCCACACAAGCCCUUCCAGAGAGGGGGCGUGGGCAGACACAGCUCAUUUACAUAUUUAAAGGUACAGACACAGAAACAGCCUGUUCUGAGCAGGGCUGAAAUAGAGGGGUUUAUAGACAUGAUCAAAUACAGGAUCAGAGUGGAUUUAGAACAAGAAACUUCACAGACAUGUUUUGAGGAGCUCUGAGACUUAUUUAAACUGGUUGAUGAGGAGGAGAAUAUGUGACAUUUAAGGGAUUACAGACACACCUGAAACAUUUUCUUCACAUUGUUUGGUUUUUGUUUUUAUUUCAGAAAAAUCGUUUGUUGCUCAUUUUGAACAAGUCAAAGACAGUGCUAUGAGCUGCUACAAGUGUAUGACAUUUUUUUUGUUUUUUCUUUCCAAAAAUUGAUAAUUGAUGACAUUUAAAGAAUGCCAACAAAGGUGUUUCCUGUCAGGCAAUACAGAAGCCCAAAGAGGACAUGCAUCUCCACACCUUUUGUGCUCCGACAUGAUAGCGAGGAAAUUUCUGUUGUUUCUCUCGAUCUUGACUUAUACAACGCUUAUUUUCCUGUGAUAGUGAGAUCAUUUGAGCAGUUUUCUUAAAAUCUCUCAAAUUUGAGCGCAAGUGGCGCAGUGGUUAGUGCAAGCGCCCCACGUAUGGAGGCUGUAGUCCUCCAUGCGGGCGGCCCAGUUUCAAAUCCCACCUGUGGCUCCUUUCCCGCAUGUCAUUCCCUGCUGUCUCUCUCCCUGAUUUCCAACUCUAUCCACUGUCCUAUCUCUCCAUUAAAGGCACAAAAAGCCAGAAAAAAAAGAAUCGGAUUCGCAUCCAAACUGUGUGGCCUUACCCUCAUGUCGUUCCCCCAUCUCUCUCCUCCCCACCACUGUCCUAUCUCUAAAAAUGAAAUCGUAAAAAGCCCCAAAACAUUCCUUUAAAAAAAAGAGAGAUAACAAGAUAAAUACGUCGAGAUCUCAAGAAAAUGACUGGAAAUGAUCUACAGGAACACAUAGUCAAAUAAAAUGUUUGGAUAUAUGUCCCCUCAGGGCUACCGUAGACGCUUCAUUGUGAAGUCAAGCUUCACUUUUCUCUAAAUAAGUUUAUUUGUCUGGAAAGUAGUAACAAAGUUUUUGGGUUUUUGUACCCGCGCAGGAGCUUUAAUCUUCCAUCGAUUACACAUUUCUCCUCUUUACUUUAAGAGUUCUUUCAUAUCAGGGGGUGAACUUGUCAAAAUGUGUAUUUAUUAACUUAUUUUAGUUCCACUGCAUUGACAUGAAUAUCUUCUUGUGGAUAUGAGUAUAUAUUUCAGGAUGUCUGCAUAAUGCUGCCGUGUAAACAGCACAAAGUUAAAAUGAUUGUAUUGAAACUUUAAACGUUGUAUUUAACGUAGUUUAGAGGGAUUUUGUAUUCCUGACAUUUUGUGUAAAUAUCCAUCAAUUGUCUCUUUCUUUGUUUGAUUAGUAAUGAGAUCAGCAUGAGAUGUAAUCCCAGGGUUAUGGUGCAUAAAGGGUUAUUUUGCAGAGAUGCACUUCUGUUCAUUUCUAGAGAUGAAGAUUGUAUUUUUAUACACUCUUGUAAUUUCAAUGUUCAUUAAAUGUUGUCAGGUUUGA